AAUCAAUCGGCCCAGAUGUAUCCCUCCCAGUCACCGACUCCCCUGCCCUGAAGAAGUUGACUUUCCAGAUCCUCCAUAGACAACCCUCUCUCCUCCUCCUCCUCCUCCUCCUUCAUUGCAACAAGACAAGAACGCAAACCAGCAGGAGGGGAAGAAGAAGAAGAAGAAGAAGAAGAAGAAGAAGAAGAAGAAGGACAAGGAGAAAGAUGAAUCAGAACAUGACUGCUCUGCUGAUAGGAGUGGUGGGCGCCGGAAUCACACUGUCCGCAUACUCGCAGACCGCCGUCUCCUCCACCAACUGCAUCGGCCUCGGCUUCUUCAUCCUCAUGUUUGCUCUUCUUGUCCGAGAAGGUUUCAUCUCUCUUUAACCGGAUACGCACAAUUAACAAUCUAUCUUAUCCAUUACUCCGGUACAAUUAGUUAACUUUGCAAUAUCAUCGAGAUGUGGUGAUACUCGUGUUCAUGUAACACGGACCAGCUCUCAUGAGCGGUCCGAUCGUUAAAAGUUAUUGACAUUUGCAUGUUAUGUUAGGGCCAAGUUAAUGUUAGGACUUGACCCUCAAUCGAUGUGAUUUCAGUUUGUCUCUUUUCAAGGUACUUUGUUAUUGUGAAAUUAAAUACGAUCCGCCUCACAUGUGAAGGGGACUAGUUUUCAAGGCCCAAAAAGUGAAAUUAAUUAAA